CUAGUCCAGAGAAUCGGGUUUAUUCAGUUUUGGUCCCAACCAGGGCAGGGCAAAAGCUGCUACACGAGAUUUGUAGGCUAAACAGGAUUAUUAAUUACAUCUCGUGCAUGAUAUGAGCUCAUAAUUAUUAAGGCCAUAUAGGGUCUGAAGCAAAAGGUUUGCGGAACAUUCCAGAUGUGACACGUUAGUGCGUGCGUUAAGUUCAAGGGAUUGCCAUGCUGUCAUUAGCCAAGAUUGCUUAAUUGUUUAAGUGAAAAAGCCUAUAAUAGCCUACAUAUUUAACUGGGACUCGGAGAAAGGCGCUCUUGAUCAUUUCGAGUAGUCAGUGGGCGGUCUCCAGCACUUGAAAGAAAGCUCCAGUUCACUGCUCAGCUGCGGUAUUGGGUGGAGUCUUGUGCGCUUGACGCUUCACUGGAACAGGAGACCUGCUACAUUACGCACGGAGAGGUCGCCAAGUACGCCUGUACCGCGAGGAGACUGGAGGGCAGGGAACUCCGAGAACAAAGCUAACGAUUUUAUGUUUUUGUUCUACGAAAAGGAAGAGUUUGUUACUCCAUCCCUGUAUACAGAGUGACGUUUUGGGACAUUUGGAUAUAUAUUUUCUCAGAAGCCUAUGGUUCUUUUAAGAUUAUUAUAAAGGCUACAUCGAAACCAAUGGCGAGAAUGGAAUGUCAAAGCAGUCCACCUUGACAAAUCACCCAUCAACAGCUUUGAGCAUCCAUUACUGCUUGAGGAGAUUAAAAGGUCAUUCAGAGUGAGAGCAGACACGUUCCCUCGACUUUCUCUCCAAGGACUGCUCGGAAACCCCUGGCCCCUCAUGAGAUGCCCACGAGUCGCCUGGCAUUUGACCCGAUAACCAUGGACGUCCGAGUGAAGGCCAAUCCGAACCUCCACUUCGGGGUCAACGGGAGUCACGACGGCGCUGAUAGAAACUCCCACAGUAAACCAUUUGAGGAUAAGGCGCUGCAUUUCUUAAGCCAGGAGGAGCAGGAUUGUAUCCUGUUCUUUGAGGAGACCAUCGACUCCCUGCUGACUACCCCAGCAGUGGAUGAGCUUGAUGAACCAGGACCCCCCAUCCUGGCAUCCGCCCCCAGCCUCAGCCCCGUACCACCCCUCUCAGCCUUGGACAGGCCGACCAAGAACCAGGACAUCAUAGACCUGGUUCGCCCAGCACAGACUGAUCUGGUCCACCCCACACAUGCACCAUUCAACCCCCCCAUGCCAGAUUUCACCCAGAAUAUGGUAAUGAACAACCCCGAGAGGCAUUUUGAGAACAAACCGAGGCGUGAGGUGAUGGAAAACUUCCCUACGGAGUACAACCUGCCCCUCCCUGGCAAGGACAGUGCCCCCUAUGGCCAUGCCCUGUACCAGCCUGUAGGCUCUGUCCCCACCCCCGUCCGCAUCGCUCAGAAGAUUGCAGAGCACCAGGGGAGUGCGGGGAACACCAACAUCCUCUCUUCCUCCCUCCUGCCCAACUGCCGUAGGAGCCUCAAUUUAGAGAACAGAGAGAGUCCAUCCACCCACCCAGAUUAUCCAAUCAAACAGGACCCGACCACCUCAGCCAAGCCCACCCAUUACCCCAACAACAUCAGCAUGAUAAUGGGCAGCAACCAGCACCACAGCCAUUCGCUGGCCAGUGUGAACCUCCAGGACAGGAAGUCUCAGAUGCUGGCUAACCUAUCAGGGACGACCCACCCUGUGGAGGCGGAGGAGCUCCAUGGGCUGCAGAAGGCCCAUGUAAACCUUCCCACCCGCAGUGUGUCUUUCAAGGAUCCCACUCCAAAUAAGUCCCGGAUGGAGGCACUGUCCAAACUGGGCUUGACCCGAAACAGCAGCACAAACACCAAACCCACUGCUGCCCCGAUUCCGGUUGCCACCCCUACACCCGUUCCUAUGCCUACCCCUACACUGACACCCGUGACUAAACCAGAAGUGGCCAGACAGGCAAAGACCUUGCCACCAGCAACAGUCAACAGCAACACCUCUCAUGCAAGUAUCCAUGACAACAAGCCUGCUUCUCCGUCGCCCGAAGUCUCGUCCAAGGACUUUAACAGCUAUGGCGGGAAGACCAUCGUGGUGAACCCCUCUAAGGCUGCUGCUGCUGCUCCCUCCACCAGCAGCCAUGGCAGUAAGGCCCACCCAGGGACCUCUCACAGUGACUUCAACCCUUACGGGGGUAAGACUAAGGUAAUGAAACCUGCUCCUGUUACCACAACCAGGGCUGACCUAACCCAACCAGACAUUGAGAGCAGGGACGUGCCUCCUCCAGCAUCCACCCCAGCCAGAGUGAUGUCUCCCCCAGCCUCCAUCCCAGCUAGAGUGAUGUCUUCCCCAGCCUCAACCACCCCAGCCAGAGUGAUGCCUCCCCCAGUCUCCACCUCCACCCCAGCCAGAGUGAUGCCUCCCCCAGCCUCAACCUCCACCCCAGCCAAUAGGAUGCCUCCACCAACCUCCACCUCCAUCCCAACCAAAGGAGAAACCAUGUCCUACGAGGUCAAGAGCUACGGGGGGAAGACCAGAUUGGUCACCCCAUCCCACACCACCCCCUCCCCCGUUUCCACCCCUGAUAUCCUCACACACACUCCAGUGAGGUCCCCCAGCAAAGCUUUAGCCCCAGUGCCUUCUCCAGCCUCCAGACCUUUCCGCUAUAGCACUCCCCCUAGCGCCAACAGGGCGGUGGCGUCUCCCACUUCUCCGGAGUCCCGGCCGAAGUCCAUCUCCAAGCCAUCCUUCCGCUCCCAGGGGAUCACAGUGCAGUUCUCCGGACGGGGAGUGACGGAUGAGUCGCGCAGAGAAGCUCUCCGGAAACUGGGACUGCUGAAAGACACUUUCUAACUCUCUGCAUAACCUCCAUUCAGCUUCCAGGUGGACAGACCUCUGGAGUUGUUCUGAAAGGGUGCGAGGCGUGGCAGGAGAGGACUCCUACAUUACGGUGGAAUGAAACAGGAUCCGGGCUGAAACCGGCACACCCGGUUCUGAGCGCUGAAUGCUGACAAACGAGUCCGACACGUCACAUGGCCUAGUUGACAAAUACACACACACACACACACACACGGACAUGUAUGCACACACAUUCGUCAAACAGACACACACGCACUCAAACACACACGUGCACACGCACUCAUACCCACAAAUGCAUUCACCCAACAACUCCCACACGUAUAUGCAUCAAAGCACUGUCUCUUUAUUGUGCUCUAUUUAACUGUGGUCCUACGAAGUGUUUUACAUUGCCUCUGAAUCAAGACAUAUUGUACUUUACAGAAAACACGUACCUCUAUUGUUCUCUGGGCCCGAAACAGACAAAACAAACAGACAUGUUCAAAGGGUUAAUGCAGAACAGCUGAAUGUCUUUGGCAUUGGCACAUUUGACAGAGACAGACUUUAUUCUACCUUUGCCACCUUCUGGAUGUCACAUCCUCAGCUACCAGUGAGAAUCCUUACAUGCUCUCGCUCUCCAAAGAUGGAUAUAUAUAUAUAUACCCAAUAUAUUUAUGCUUACUUUAUAUGACACUAUAUUGAUUACUGAUCCGUUUGAGCCGGGUACUGAUAAAGUGGACUUGAACCAUUAUAAACUGGCUGUGAAGUCACCUGAGAACUGAAGAGCCUCACAACAUGUCACUUUGUUUACCGAUUUCGGCGUUGUUGUUAUCCAGGGGGUUAUUAUGAGUGUGAUGUAUCUCACCGUUCAGCUCUUAUGAGCGUGAACAAGGUUUGAAGGACUUUCCCGGCAGAAUAAGGUUGAAUUGACUUCACUCACUAAUUGUCACGUUUACUCCCUCUCCAGCGCUCACCGUCACCAGUUUACUCUUUAUUACGCACACCUGCCAUCAUCGUUACGCGCACCUGUGCCUCAUGAAACUCACCUGGACUCCAUCACCUUCCUGAUUACCUCCCCUAUAGCUGUCACUCCCCUUGGUUCUUUCCUCAGGCGUUAUUGACUCUGUUUCUGACUGGCUGGUUCAUGUAUAUAGGCUACUCGUGUUGCUUGCAUUGUUCCAUGUUCAUUUAUUUAUUAAAUUCACUCCCUGUACGUACUCCCAGCGUACACGUUACACUAAUCUAUUAGAAUGUAUCUAUAUUCCCUGUGAGGACGGUAACCAUCCUACUCAUAAAUAUUGAUGAUAUCCUACUUGAUAGGUAUUUAUGCACCCAUUGAUCUCCACUGCUGCCUCAUGGUAUGUUAAUGACAGGUCACUCAGAAGGGGGGUACAUUCCCCCAUGCAAGAGCAAAGCUUAGGAAUGUAACAAUUGAUUGAUUGGCAUACCAAGCAAACUAAGCAGCGAUUCAAGUAGUUUGCAUUCAUGGACCUCAUAUGCUCAGCUCGAGGGUUAUCAAAUUAUUGGAAGUUCUGAAGUGACCCCAUGUGUUUUAUCUCCUCAUAUGACAUUUUUGUGAAUGUAAGUUGCAGAAAAGAACAGGCUUGAGUUUCUAGGAAAGGAGUGAUAUGUAACUACAGUGCUGGCUAAAGGGUAUUUUUACUCCAUGGAUGUGCCUCCCACAUAAAACCACUGAAUGUGGUUUGAAAAGUAGACUUUUACUACUUUGAGGGGAAAAAAACGUAACUUGGUGAGGACGGGCAAGGGCUUGCAAUGUCCAAAACACAAGCACUGAAGCCACAGAAUCCAGAAAUACUCACAAGGACCAUUGUUUUUUCUUGUUUUGCCCUUCUUUUGUUCAUGUACUGUGUGCUGAACUUGCAUUUGCAGUGUGUCAUUUAUCUGUCAUCAUAACUAUUGGUACAUAACCCUGGUGUGUGUGUGUGUGUGUGUGUGUGUGUGUGUGUGUGUGUGUGUGUGUGUAACAUGUUUGUCCAUUUUCAAGUUUUUUUUUUAAUGGAAAAAAAGUCAGACUCCGGUUUUGUAGUUCAUCUACAGUAACUCAUGAAGUAUCUAAUACACACAAACACACACUGGGAAAAUAUACCUGUAGUUUGCAGACCCAGGGAGAGAAACCAAAGAGACUCAUGUACAAAAUCUUUAUUUGACAUUCAAUUAACAUUUACAAAUUGUCAACUAAAGUUGCUGCUAUGGUACAACAGCGCCUUUAUAGUUUUGUCUCAUUGUCUUAUUGUACACAACGUUUAAUGUACAUCUGUGUCACCUAAUAAAGAGAGUAAUAUACAUUA